AUGGAUUAAAAAAAGAAAAAAAAAGACAAGAUCGGAAAAAAAAUUAUUGAAACAAUAUUUCCAUUUAUGGUAAGGUCUUGAUUAAUUUAGUCAAAUUAAAAAGCAAAUCAAUAAACAAUUGGAUAAGGAGAAUAAGUUUAAAGAAAAGUGGACCCUUAUAUGGAUCUCUGUCAAUUUGAAUACAUCUACUCCUCUAUGAAAAGCGUCAGUGAAGGGUCUAUUUCAAUCUUUAGCGAAUGGUUAAAAAUAAUGCAAGCAGAUUUAAUCGAUCUCAAUAAACUUUCUUAAUUGAUUAUUAAUGGAAUUAACGAUGAAUGCAAAGCAUUAAGAGGAGUAACUUGGAGAAUCUUGCUAGGGUAUUUAAUAAAGAUAUAUCAAGAGAUACCUGACACCUUCAAAAAAGUAAUGGAUUAAUCGAUUAGAAACAAAUAAAAAAAAUUACAUAGCAUUAGUUGAUGAGCACAUUUUAUCCACGUUAAGAAAUAGUAAAUAGCCAGCUUAAAAUGAUCAUCCUCUAAAUAGGUCAAAAGAUUCCUCUUACAACAAUCGUUUCGAAGAUUUUAAUCUGUGGUAAACAAUUGAAAACGAUACUAAAAGAACUCGAUAAAGAGAAGGCUUUUUUCACAUAGAAAAUUAAGAAGCCUCUUUAUUCGAAGAUGUAAAAAAACUUUAUAUAUAGGAUUAAGUUGCUAUCCUGAGACUAAAGAGAGUUGAUAUAGAAUAUAAUUAUGAUGUUUUGACUAGAAUUUUAUUUAUUUAUACAAAAUUAAAUGGGUAAUACAUUUAGGGGAUGAAUGAACUUGUUGCAAUAUUAUACUAUUGUUUUGUAAAUGAUGACAGCACUCUAUUAAGAUCUUAAGCAGAAGUAGACACAUUUUUUUGCUUUACAAUUUUAUUGAGCUAAUUUAGAUACAAUUUUUUUUCAAAAGAUGAGGCUAGCAUUUGCAAUGGAUUCAUUUAAAACAAGAUAAGAGUUGUUUAGGAAAUAAUAAAAAAACAUGACUUUCGACUAUAUGAUCAUAUGCUUGUAAUUUAUUUAGUAUAAUAUUAGAAAAUUAAAAUCGACCCAAAAUUAUUUAUGUCCAAAUGGUUUAUGACUGUUUUUACAAAAGAAUUUAAGCUAUAUGACACAAUAAUUUUAUGGGAUCACAUUUUGUGUGAACUAGAUGACAAGAAUGAAUUAUUGAAUUAUAUCGCCUUAGCGAUCAUACAUUGGUUAAGAGAAGACUUAUUAAAAGGAGAGUUUGGGGAAGUUAUAACUAUUCUUCAAAAUUUGGAAAAUCAAAAACUAAAAGUUAUUCAACUAAUAGAGACUACUUUGAUGUAUAAAAAAUAGUUCAAACUUAAAUGAUUA